AUGAAAUCACAUCCUUGUAUGAACAUAAAACGAAGCAUAAAUGAUGAUGAUGAUGAUGAUGAUGAUGAUGAUGAUGAUGAUGAUGAUGAUGAUGAUGAUGAUGAUGAUGAUGAUGAUGAUGAUGAUGAUGAUGAUGAUGAUGAUGAUGAUGAUGAUGAUGAUGAUGAUGAUGAUGAUGAUGAUGAUGAUGAUGAUGAUGAUGAUGAUGAUGAUGAUGAUGAUGAUGAUGAUGAUGAUGAUGAUGAUGAUGAUGAUGAUGAUGAUGAUGAUGAUGAUGAUGAUGAUGAUGAUGAUGAUGAUGAUGAUGAUGAUGAUGAUGAUGAUGAUGAUGAUGAUGAUGAUGAUGAUGAUGAUGAUGAUGAUGAUGAUGAUGAUGAUGAUGAUGAUGAUGAUGAUGAUGAUGAUGAUGAUGAUGAUGAUGAUGAUGAUGAUGAUGAUGAUGAUGAUGAUGAUGAUGAUGAUGAUGAUGAUGAUGAUGAUGAUGAUGAUGAUGAUGAUGAUGAUGAUGAUGAUGAUGAUGAUGAUGAUGAUGAUGAUGAUGAUGAUGAUGAUGAUGAUGAUGAUGAUGAUGAUGAUGAUGAUGAUGAUGAUGAUGAUGAUGAUGAUGAUGAUGAUGAUGAUGAUGAUGAUGAUGAUGAUGAUGAUGAUGAUGAUGAUGAUGAUGAUGAUGAUGAUGAUGAUGAUGAUGAUGAUGAUGAUGAUGAUGAUGAUGAUGAUGAUGAUGAUGAUGAUGAUGAUGAUGAUGAUGAUGAUGAUGAUGAUGAUGAUGAUGAUGAUGAUGAUGAUGAUGAUGAUGAUGAUGAUGAUGAUGAUGAUGAUGAUGAUGAUGAUGAUGAUGAUGAUGAUGAUGAUGAUGAUGAUGAUGAUGAUGAUGAUGAUGAUGAUGAUGAUGAUGAUGAUGAUGAUGAUGAUGAUGAUGAUGAUGAUGAUGAUGAUGAUGAUGAUGAUGAUGAUGAUGAUGAUGAUGAUGAUGAUGAUGAUGAUGAUGAUGAUGAUGAUGAUGAUGAUGAUGAUGAUGAUGAUGAUGAUGAUGAUGAUGAUGAUGAUGAUGAUGAUGAUGAUGAUGAUGAUGAUGAUGAUGAUGAUGAUGAUGAUGAUGAUGAUGAUGAUGAUGAUGAUGAUGAUGAUGAUGAUGAUAUAAUUAUAUUUAUUCACUUCCUUAUUUUGUAUAAGCGUUAUAUUUUCUAUUAUCUUACAUUGAAUGUUGACAGGCUUUGGUUGUCUAAUUAA